GUAGGUAUGGAAGUUGAGGAAAGUCUACAUGCUGAUGGACCUCUUACAACACCCACAAGAUUAACGUUCUAUAUACCGGACAGUAGCAUGCGACGCACCCUUCUGAUCAGCUAUUACCUACCAAAGAAUCAUGCUGAACCGAGAUGGGUGCUUGGAAACUGGCAACCGUGUGCUGUUACGUGUGGUCCAGGUCAGCAACAACGACGUGUCCACUGCUAUGAAGGUGACAAGAGAGUUCGUACACGCAACUGUCGCAAGAACGGCACAACAUCCAAGCCGCCUGAACACAUGCGUACAAGAAAAUGUCAACUACCAGCAUGUCGACUACAAACUCGAUGGUUUGAAGCACCACAGUGGGGACCGUGUAUGGAUCGGUGUGAGGGGGAUUCCCCUGGCGCUGGUAUGCAGAGCAGAACAGUGUUGUGUUUGAAACGUGACGGUAGUGGCUGGCUUACUGUGCAGGAUGAUCGCUGUGACUUCAGCAAGAAACCUGACACUGAGAGGCAGUGUACGUUACCGCCGGCUGUACAAGGUGUCAAUCAAUGUCAUCGCUACUACCUCGACUGUCCUCAGGAUUGCCAAGAAGAAUGUCCCGGAACGGCACUUGUACCGGGUGACCUGUGCACUUGCCAACAAGUCACUAAUAUCAAUGACAUCAUCAGUGGAGGAAUCCUGGAUAACCCAGCUCGCAACUUUACAAGUCAGAGCGGCUGUGAGCAGCAACUCGUUGAGAAAAGAGAACGAUGUCGCAGAUAUAUGUGGCAUGAUGACGCUUGGCAAGACUGUGCCAGUGGCCAGGAGAUACGCAAUGUUACCUGCUUAGAGGAAGAAACACAGAGACCAGUUGAUGAGAGUUUAUGUUCUAACUGCGAGAAACCGAGAACUCAACGACCAUGUCAAGCAUCUGUAAUGAGGCAGUGUCCGCAUGCUGACAAUCUGUCAUCGUGUCGUGUCAUGGUAGCUGUGUUCAAACAGCUUGGUAAUGAUAUCGGUACAUACUGCGCUCAGACAAUGUUCUCAACUAGUUGUUGUAUACUCUGCGCUGAGUACCAACAAGAUCAGACUUCUAUCUCCGAUUAUUUCCAUCGGCACCUGCCCAAUAAGAAGUAGAGAAAGCUUGAAAUGGUCACUAUGGAAACUGUAGCAGAUUUCAAGGGAUCGCUUUGGCAACUCGGGUAAACUUGAGGUGAUCAGGCCGUGUUAUUGGUAGCCAUGUUCACCUGUUGACCUGUUGACCUGUAGUAUGCAGGGAGACACCUGUUGACCUGUUGGCCAGUUGUAUGCAGGGAGACUCCUGUAGACCUGUUGGCCAGUAGUGUGCAGGGAGAUUCCUGUAGACCUGUUGGCCAGUAGUAGUGUGCAGGGAGAUUCCUGUAGACCUGUACUCACUAACUGUAGGCAUAACACUACAUGUACAUAUACAUGCCUCUCUAAAUUCUGAUUCGUUGAACUUUGCUUUGAUAACGUUAUGAACCAUGAUGAUCAUGAACAGCUAAUACGUGUGUCGAUUAUUUUUUAAACGCACUAGCUGCCAGCAUGCUUGAGAAUUUACUUUACUUGGCAUGCUGUGCUAACACACCCGCUCUAUAUACAUGUGCAUGGACCUGGCAGGCUGUGCUAACACACCAGGUCUACACAUGUAUAUACAUGGACCUGGCAUGCUGUGCUAACACACCAUGUCUGUAUACAUGUAUAUAUACAUGUACCUGGCAUGCUGCUAUUAACCGCAUGAGUGUUUGACAGGACCUGUACAUGUAUAUGCUAAUUGAGAAAUAACACGGUCGCAGCCUACACCCAAGCCAUGCAUAUAUCCAUGCAAGGCAUGUGUCGGAACUGGCCACCUGACGCUAAUUUACUUGAUGUGCCAAUUUGCACUCGUAAUAUACAAUCUUGAUAUUUCUAAUAAUUUGACCAGUUUCGUGAUAACCCAUUCACGCAUACAUGUGCCGGUAGAUCACAUGUCAUUACAAUCACGAUACCUUGAUAACCCAUUCUGACCAUAGAUCAUACAUGUACAUGUACAUCAUUACGGCCACUGAUGAUAUUCAAUUCCUAGAGAGUGCGAAUAGAGUAACGAAGCAUAACAAGUAUGCCCUGAAUUCCUGAAUAUGUCAUGUGACAACAAUUCUAAUGGUAACAUUGCAUUGCUGCAUGUUCUUCUCCACAUACUCACAUACUGUUAUGAUACUGAA